AAAUAAAAUAAAACAAUUGCAAUAUGAAUCCAAAUAAAUCGAAUGAUAAAAAAUGUACGUAAUGAUAAUGAUAUAGCUCUCAUGGUUAUUAGAGUAUGAGAGUAAUGUAGGCAGAACAAUGAAGAAAAUUUAAGCUGAAGGAAAAAUAAUAUCUAUAUGUAUAUUGUAAAUUGUAUCUACAUACUUUGAAAUAUAGAUACAGAUAUAUAACAAAUGUAUGAUGAUUUUUCAUUGUUGGACAUGGCCUAAUGCAAUGUAAUGCAAUGAAUUGCAAGGCGUGGUUCAACACGUUCACACGUGUAUACACCCAACUAGCCAUACAGCGAAAUAUAAUACACUGAUGAAUAAAUAUAUGAAGAUGUAUUAAAUAUGGUGCAUGGUAUAUUGACUUGCUAUGAUGACUUUUUAGAGUUGUAUUACAUAUAUUUGUAUAUACAUAUGCGUAUACAAUAAUGAUAACAGCCUAGACGUGUUCGAAAAAUAAGGACAGAAGCAUAUAGAGGAGACAGGGUUGGAUACGCACGCAUGGCUUCGCACACACCGUUUGGGGCUCUGUGUCUUCCGCUUACACCAGGACUCACCAGUCUGUUGUUGUUGUCAAAGAGCUUAGGUUACUUUUUUUAUUAAUCCGUUAGUAUGAGUUUUAAGUAAAUACUUGUUCUUUAUUUACUAAUUAAACUCAUCUUAAGUUUUCUUCUCAGUAGACGAGAAAAAAGUUCAAAUUUACCGCUUUAUUUUAAAUCCGCGAUGCGUCGAACUGAGGUGACUUGAAAAUAUUUAUUUUAAUAAUAAAAUACUAAAAAUGGACUUUACUUUGUUUUUCAAAUAUCAAGUUUAAUUGUUUAUUUAUUAUGAUUAAUGAAUAAUGAAAAUUAGUUACAUAUUGUUAAUUUAUUUUAAAUUAUUAUUAAAUAUCGUUAUCAUUUUUCAUAGUUAGAAAGUGUGUAAUUGAAUUGUAUAAACCUGUUGUGAAGAUUUAUAUUAAUAAAUUUAUUUUAAAUAAAAUAAUAAUGAUGGUGAAGAUAAGAGCGAUAGUUAUCGCGUGUUUUAUGUCAGGGGUGGUUUUUGUGGGUGUAAAUAGUGAGCAGAGAUUUAUCGAGACUCCGCCGAGUUAUCAAGAGGUUUCAAGCGGUGAAGAUGUCAAGCUGAUUUGCAAAGUCCAGGAUAAAAAGGGCCAGUGUAUUUGGCAGAAAGAUCGCAAACCGGUUGGCAUGCACCCUGAUAAAUACGAAUGGGCUAACAGACGAGGUGGUGGCGGUGGUGGGGAUGCUGAUUGCACUCUUCUUAUCAGACGUGCAUCUCUCGAUUUUGAUGACGGAUUAUGGGAAUGCCAGGUGACACCUGGGGAUUUUACUCGGCAGGAUGCAUUAACGUCUUUGGCCUCACGGCUUCUUGUUAGGGUUAAACCAAGAAAGCCGAGCUUAGAAUACGGUGGUACGAUCAUGACUGGAGCGCUUACAUUGAGAGAAGGCCAGGAGGUCACUAUUUCCUGUGUAUCUCGUUAUGGCAAUCCACCAGCACUUAUUAAAUGGUUUAUCGGCGGAGAUGAGGUAGAACCUCUAAGGGAGCAAACCAACGCCACGGAAGUCGACAGUCCUAAAACUUGGGCUGCACAUAGUUUGCUGAGGAUCAAAGGAGCUAGGGAGAAUCAUGGUCUACCUAUCAGGUGUCUCAGCUUACACUCGUCCAGUCCGUUACCUGCUAUUGCUGAGAGUCGACUUGAUAUUCAUUAUUCACCAGAAGUACAUACCGAAACUAGCCCACGUUUAUUGACAUCAGCAUUAGAAGACUCAGCAAGUUUUAUGAGCAUAAAAUGCAUAGCUGACGCAAAUCCACCAGCAGCAAUUCGAUGGUACAAAGAUUCAGUGCCGCUAACACGCAGUAAUUCUAUUGACUCAUUUGGCCAAAAUUCAACCCACCGUAACGGUACAAUGAGCGGUUCUGAAAUACGUUUUGAACCUGUAAAACAAACAGACGCUGGACUUUAUACAUGCAAGGGAAUAAAUGUCAUUGGUGAAAGCUCACCAGCUAAUUAUCGACUAGACAUUCAAUACGGCCCGCGAAUGAGAAUAAAUGACCGAAUGAACAACACCAGCGGAGAAGUAGAAGUAACCGCAUUGUUAGCUUCCACUGUUGAUCCAUUUGAAUGCGACGAUUUUGAUGCUAAUCCACCGGCACGAUAUCGGUGGGUGCAUUUGAGAGGUGGUGUUCCGCAAACCAUCGAUAAUUCUGUACACGGAGAAACAGGUUCGCGGAGACUCAGUUUGAAAAACGUCAUCUGGAGCAACGAAGGAGAAUAUCGAUGCGUUGCUUUCAACAUCAUAAAUGGUGUUCGCAGAGAAAUGUCCAGUGACACACGAUUCAUUUUACAUGUAUCAGGACCACCGGAAAUUCAAACGCGUCGUUAUAAUCAUAACAAUGAUGAUGACAAUGAUCGUCUUAGUGAUAACAUGAAUAUGGAUGAAUCAAUCGCCUGGGUUGGUGACUCGUUUCAUAUUUUGAAAUCAAGGUUUUGCUCGAGACCACCACCGAGAUUGAUUGCUUGGCAAUGGGGCAGUUCACACAUACGAUCAGGAGAAAGCAUUGAACCAAAAUAUGAAGCAUUGCCACUAGAACCAAUAAAAGAAAGUAACGAAACAACAAACUGUUACUACGCAAAGUUAGAAAUACGUGAUUUACAAAAAGAAGAUUCUCGUGUUUACAACCUACUGAUUGAAAGCGAAAAAGGACGCGAUACGACAAGUUUGAGGCUUAUAGUCCGAGAUCCAAUGGAAAUUAAAAUAAUAGCCAUCGCUGGUGGUAUUGGGUUACUAUUAUUGUUUGUAAUAAUCGGAUUAGUAUUUUACGCGAUAUUGAAAGCAAGACACCGAAAAUAUCAGAAAAAGCGCGCGGAAGAAGAAGAUGAAAACAGCAUUGCUGCGGAUGCAUUUUAUACCACAACACCCUCGAUAAAUAGGCAGAAAACUACGGCCUCACCGGCUAGUAAAGUUUAUGUAAGGAAAAGCCCUUCCGAAGGCGGACUUGCUGUUAUGUAUGAUUAUAAUCAGAUUGUUAAACAUUCGAGGACGCUCAGUCCUGAAGCAUUGAAAAUAAGAAGAGCUGCCGCUGUUCUUCAGCCACCUACUAUUGUUUAAUUAGUAAAAUAAUUAUUAGAUAUUAAUUAUUAAUAGAGUAAUUUUAUAUAUUUACAUUUCAUAUUCAUCGAAGAAUUAUUUAUUGUUCCGCAUCAGUUGUUGUAUUUAUAGAAUAUGUUAUAAAUUGUAAUCGCUCUUUAUUGUAAUAUUAAUUCUAUUAUCGUGUGAAAUGUUAACA